CCCGCGCAACCAAAAUCUUCAUCUGCCAUACAUAUCAGGAAUGUGUGCAUGUCGGGCCUGAUUCCGUCAAGAAGUCGCUUCUCAUCCCAUUCACCCCGGUUUCGCUAGUUCCAAGCGACCUAAAGCAGGAACCUACACCCCCUUGCCUUCGUAGGAGGUGUUUCCAACUUUGCCCUCCCCAUUGAUGCCCUCGCCUGCCGGCGUCAUUCUCCUUGUAUCCGUAGGUGUCUUGCUCUGUGCGGAAAACCAGCAUUAGCCUUAAGCAGCUGCGAACGGAGUUUCCCAUCGCCCCCUCCCGGGCCGGUUCAUCGACAUAUGCCUCUCGUGCGGACGACCAUCAUAAGGGACUCAGUCUCUCUCCCUCCCUCUCUCUUUCUCUCCAAAACAUGGCCGGUACCCUGUGGGGAGAGCUCGGCCGCCACCCGACCGACAGGCACAUCCAAGGGUCCUGUACUCUCGCCUCACCUCGCCUUGCCUUGCCUGCAUCGUCCACCAGCUCUCAGCUAGCUUAUCUCUCGACUUCCUUCACGAAUUGGCCUCUCCACUUCUAUACAAUACAAUCGCUUUUCAGUCUACGAAAAUCGACCAGAAGCUUACUCACCUGCCAAGGGUUUCGACUACUUUGUAAUCGACCUGUUCGAACCUGGCAGGCACGCGAUGUAGGCUCGUAAUAGGCAAUUACCUCACACACCUUGGGAUUCUUAUCAGCUCUCCUUCGGCCCUACCUCGCUCGUCUUGGACAGUCCUACCCCCCAACUCGCACAGGUCAUGGGGUAUAGGCACUGUGCCCUCUCUACUCCGUACAGCCCCUAUCAACUGGUAGUGUAUUCUACGCCCCCGGCCCAUCCUUGCUUCCCUGCCUGGUUACAUGAGCCACUUGCUUGGCCAGGCCACUCUUAGAUCCCUUAUGAACCCGUAAAUGAGGAGACUGUUUACACGCUGCGUGCCGCUGUCGUGGCCGCAGCGAAAUCUCGAACUGCCUCCAUGGUGACUGCUACAUCACAAAAUAUCGGCCUACUGCAGACGGAGGCGCAAAAGGAGCAACAGAAGGG